CGCUAUAACAUCAAAUUUUUACCUAAAAAUGUCAAAUUUGUCGUUUCAAAUCCCAUCUUGGAUGGACAAAAAUUAUUUUGAAGACGUUUUGCGACAUUUUAAGAACAAUGAAACUUUAAAAAUCACAAAUUACGAACUGAAACCCGCCUCAAAGGCAGGAGAUGGCUUUGCAAGUAGCAUUUUUCGAGUCAUUUGUCAAACGGGGGACGAAGAAAUUUCAUUAAUUGUCAAGACAGUUCCCAUUGAAGAGGGUCUCAAGAGGUCCAUGAUCAAUCACGAGCGAGCUUAUGAAACGGAAAUUAAAAUGUACGCCGAAAUUUUACCGGAAAUGGAGAAAAUUUUACUAAAAGUCACCGGAAAAGCAGUAAAAAUUGGUCCCCAAAUGAUCCAUUUCUCACUAAAACCGAGUCCAGUAUUAAUUUUAGAGGAUUUAGUGAGGAGUCGAGGUUGUGAAAUGUCAGAAAAAACAUUUGGACUGGAAGAAUCCGUGAGAAUUAUGAAAAGAUUGGCGCAAUUUCACGCGAGUUCCGUUGUAAUAAACGAAAAAAUCAAAAAUUUGACGGAAAUGCGGAACUCAUUUUUUCAUAUCGACAAGAAAAAGGAAUUUAAUUUGGCGAAAAUCGUAUUGCAACCGAACGUUAAGAGGUUUAUUGAAGCAGUUGAGAGCCGGGGAGACUACAAUUCAGUAAUUAUUGAACGUUUGAAGUACUUUUAUGACCAUUUCGAGGAGUUGAUGGAAGAAGUUUACAUUUCUACCGACAAUAAAAAGCAUUUUGUGUUGACCCAUAACGAUUUUCAUCGAAAAAAUAUGCUUUUUCGCAUGAAAAAUGGGACUUUCGAGGAGUUUUAUGUGUUCGAUUACCAAUUCUGCCUUUGGUCAACUCCAAUCAUCGAUUUUUGUUACUUUUUCUACCAAGUUGCCAAUACGGAGACUCGUCAGAAGCACCGCAGUGACCUACUUGCCGUUUAUUUGGAUGAAUUUCAAAAAAUAUUAAAAGCUUUUAACUGUAAAUCCACGAUUUUGUCCUUGAAUGACCUUGAAGAGGACUUUCGUCAACAUAAAGCUGCUGAAAUCAACCAAAUUAUCACAUUUUUCAAGUUUCAGUUCAUGACUUUUAAUGAUGAGGACCUCAAAAAUGCUUCUGAUAAAGAACCGAUGUCGAAAACUGACGCCGUGUUUGCUUCGGAUGCCUUUCAUGAAGCUGUUAAGCCCGAAUUGGAACGACUUUUAGGCGAAAAUGGAUUUUAAAUUAAUAAAUUUUUGGUAUUUCUAAAGGAAAAUUGUUUAAUUUUGGUUAAAUUAGUAGAAAAUUUAAAAAUUUUAAGAACGAGACGC